CCUCGGGGUGGCGCAGUGUGGGGUUCACGGGUGGCCAUCGGUUUCUCGCUGGUUCUGUAGUUUUGGAAGUCUGGGCGCAGGUCCUAGAGGCAUGAGGCGACAAUGGGAACCUGCCACGAGGCUAGGCGAGCAAGCGGGCUGUGUGGUGAGCGCCUCUCGGGCCGGGCAGCCCGAGGCUGGCUCGUGGAGCUGCAGUGGGGUGAUCCUGAGCCGAAGUCUGGGCCUAGUGCUUUGCCAUGGCGGCAUCUUAACCCCUUUUCUGCGGGCUGGCAGCAGGGUGCUGACUCAGGCCGAUGCCACCAUCCUGCCUGGCGACAGUUGCGGGGAUGACCUGUGCCUGCACGUGCAGUGGGGCCCAACGGCCGCGAGUCCCGCAGGCCGCGUGGAGUGGGGCCGCCUUGGGUUAUGCAUGCCCCAGUGCGCAGGCCUGGAACCCAGUCCCCCGGCCCGGCACCGUAGCCGGCCCCUGGAGUCCCCUCAUCCUGCCGAUUUGUUGCUGCUGCUGAGCUGCCCGGACUUCCGGGCCCACUUCGCGUGCCUCUUCGGGAGCGGAAGCGAGGCGGCCGAGCAGUGGCGCUUUUCGAGUGCAGCAAGGGAGGAGGAAGUGUCAGAGGAUGAGGAGGAGGAUCAGCUGAGAGCGCUGGGCUGGUUCGCGCUGCUGCGUGUGAGGCACGGCCUGGAGGAGGAGGCGGACAUGCGUGGGCCAGCUGUGGCCGUGGUGCCUCUCGGGGCCCUGUCCAAGGGCACUCCGCUGCUGGCCUGUGGCACCCCGUUUGGGUCCUUCUGCCCGGACAUCUUUCUCAAUACGCUCAGCCGUGGCGUGCUCAGCAACACUGCGGGCCCGCUACUGCUCACGGAUGCACGCUGCCUGCCGGGGACAGAGGGUGGCGGCGUGUUCACGGUGAGACCUGCGGGGGCACUGGUGGCGCUGGUGGCGGCGCCCCUCUGCUGGAAGGCCCACGAGUGGGUGGGCCUCACACUGCUCUGCGCUGCUGCACCUCUCCUCCGCGCCGCCCGUGACGCUCUCCGUUCCCUGCGCCCUAGCACAGCUUCCCUCGCCGCUCUCCUACCCCCCGAGUUGGGCGCCCCGUGGGCCCUGCCACUCCCAGAGCCCGGACUCCCGUGGGUAGCCGCAGCUGUGCUGGUGGAGUGUGGCACCGUCUGGGGCUCCGGAGUGGUCAUGGCACCCCGCCUCGUGGUGACCUGUCGGCAUGUGGCACCCUGCAAGAUGGCCAGAGUCCUAGUGUGCCCCACCAUCCCCAAGAGCUCCAAGAUCUGGGGACACGUGGUGUUUGCCACUCAGGAGACAUCUCCGUAUGACAUAGCAGUGGUGAGCCUGGAGAAAGAACUAGAGGGUGUCCACGUGCCUGUGCCCACUGAGCACUUCCAUGAAGGUGAGGCCGUCAGCGUGGUGGGUUUUGGCGUUUUUGGCCAGGCUUGCGGGCCCUCAGUGACCUCAGGCAUCCUGUCAGCUGUGGUGCGGGUGGAUGACACACCAGUGAUGCUGCAGACCACAUGUGCUGUGCAUGGUGGCUCCAGUGGCGGACCUCUCUUCUCUACCUCCUCAGGGGACCUUCUGGGCAUUGUUGCCAGCAACACCCGGGACAAUAACACGGGGGCCACCUACCCACACCUGAACUUCAGCAUUCCCAUCACAGUGCUCCAGCCAGCCCUGCAGCGCUACAGUCAGACGGGUGACCUGGGCGGCCUCCAAGAGCUGGACCAUGUUGCCGAGCCCGUGAGGGUGGUGUGGCGACUGCAGCGGCCCCUUGCUGAGACCCCUCGGAGCAAGCUCUGAAUCUGUGUCACCCUUGGGAGAGAGGAGUAACCAUUGUAUGCCUGGGAAGUGCCAAGGUGAUGGCAGCCCCAGGAUCCUGGCUCAGCUCGCCUCGGCUGGGCAGACCCCCAUCACCACCUGCCUUGUUUGGCCUUGGAUCAAACUCCAGCCCCGUGGGUCUCCAGGCCAGUAUCCCGUUUCAGGGUGCUUUCUUCAGCCCCCACCUCUCUCUGCCCCCUGGCACUAGUCUCAGCUCUGUUACUGCCCAGCCGCCGAGCCCGGCACAGCAGUCCUGGUCCUGACAACAGAUGUGCUGGUGGGAAGGCGGGCCCAGCCCUGGUUUCGAGUCCCUUCUCUGUCUCCCCAUGGCCACUGGCCACCCGAGCCGUUGCUUCCCUGGGGCUUUGGCUCCUCUUGCUCUCUGCCUGAGUCAACAGCUGGCAGAGCCCUGGGGCCGCCUCAGAAAACCUUGGCAGAGAGACCCCACUCUGAAGACCAGAGACAAAGGAAAGGGAGCUCCCUGUUCUUCCUGACCUAUGGGGAGGCAGCGUCCUCAGAAGUCAGGACUCCCGGGUCUUCAUAUGUCAGCUGUCACUGACCUGCAGGACACUCUGACACAGUGCCUUACUUUUCCCAGCCCGUAUAAUGGGUCUCAGGAGUCUUGGCGAGGCUUGGGCUGGUUGGUGGUUAGAGCGUGUCUGGUUGGGGCUUGGGAAUAAAUGGGACCUAUGAGAGGAACUCUUUA